AUGGCUCCUCUCGGAUACCUCUUAGUGCUCUGCAGCCUGAAGCAGACGCUGGGCAGCUACCCGAUCUGGUGGUCCUUGGCUGUGGGACCCCAGUACUCCUCCCUGAGCACUCAGCCCAUCCUGUGCGCCAGCAUCCCAGGCCUGGUGCCCAAGCAGCUGCGCUUCUGCAGGAAUUAUGUGGAAAUCAUGCCCAGCGUGGCUGAAGGUGUCAAGGCUGGCAUUCAGGAGUGCCAGCACCAGUUCCGAGGCCGGCGUUGGAACUGCACCACUGUCAGCAAUAGCCUGGCAAUCUUUGGCCCUGUUCUGGACAAAGCCACCCGGGAGUCAGCAUUUGUCCAUGCCAUUGCCUCUGCCGGAGUGGCCUUCGCAGUGACACGCUCGUGUGCAGAGGGCUCAGCAGCCAUCUGUGGGUGCAGUAGCCGCCUCCAGGGCUCCCCAGGCGAGGGCUGGAAGUGGGGCGGCUGUAGUGAGGACAUUGAGUUUGGUGGAAUGGUGUCUCGGGAGUUUGCUGACGCCAGGGAGAACCGGCCAGAUGCCCGCUCUGCCAUGAACCGGCACAACAACGAGGCUGGGCGCCAGGCCAUCGCCAGUCACAUGCACCUCAAAUGCAAAUGCCACGGACUAUCCGGCAGCUGCGAAGUGAAGACCUGCUGGUGGUCGCAGCCGGACUUCCGCACUGUCGGGGAUUUUCUCAAAGACAAAUACGACAGCGCCUCAGAGAUGGUGGUGGAGAAACACCGCGAGUCUCGUGGCUGGGUGGAGACCCUGAGACCGCGUUACACGUACUUCAAGGUGCCCACAGAGCGCGACCUGGUCUACUACGAGGCCUCGCCCAACUUUUGUGAGCCGAACCCUGAAACCGGCUCCUUCGGGACGCGCGACCGCACCUGCAACGUGAGCUCUCACGGCAUAGACGGGUGUGACCUGUUGUGCUGCGGGCGCGGCCACAACGCGCGCACUGAGCGACGGAGGGAGAAGUGCCACUGUGUUUUCCACUGGUGCUGCUACGUCAGCUGCCAGGAGUGCACACGCGUCUAUGAUGUGCACACAUGCAAGUAG